GCGGCGGGCAGGGCCGGCGGGCGCGGGCCGCGGCGGCGAUGGGCGAGGGCGGGCUGCCCCGGCCUUCCAGCUGCUGCUGCGCGCCUGCGACCAGGGCGACACGGACACCGCGCGGCGGCUGCUGGAGCCGGGGGCUGCGGAGACGGCCGGGGGCGGCGCGGAGUCCGAGGCAGGGGCGGAGCCGGCUGGGCCCGAGGCGGCCGGGCCCGGGGCGGCGGCGGCCGGGGCGCCGGUGCCCGUGGACUGCUCGGACGAGGCGGGCAACACGGCGCUGCAGUUCGCAGCGGCCGGGGGCCACGAGCCGCUCGUGCGCUUCCUGCUGCGCCGCGGCGCCUCGGUCAACAGCCGCAACCACUACGGCUGGAGUGCGCUCAUGCAGGCGGCCAGAUACGGGCAUGUGAGUGUGGCACACCUCCUUUUGGAUCACGGGGCCAAUGUUAAUGCCCAGAACCGGCUGGGGGCCAGUGUGCUCACGGUGGCUUCCCGGGGGGGCCACCUGGGUGUGGUGAAGCUGUUGCUUGAAGCCGGUGCCAUCGUGGACCAUCACAACCCCUCAAGCGAGCAGCCGGGGAUGGGCAGCAGCAGGGACGAGCCACUGGACAUCACAGCCCUGAUGGCCGCUAUCCAGCAUGGGCAUGAGGCCGUGGUGCGUCUGCUGAUGGAGUGGGGCGCAGACCCCAACCACGUGGCUCGGACUGUGGGCUGGAGCCCGCUGAUGUUGGCAGCCCUCAUUGGGAGGCUCAGCGUGGCCCAGCAGCUGGUGGAAAAGGGAGCCAACCCUGACCACCUCAGUGUGCUGGAGAAGACGGCCUUUGAGGUUGCCCUUGACCGCAAGCACAGGGACCUUGCAGACUUCCUGGACCCACUGACCACCGUCAGACCCAAAACAGAUGAGGAGAAAAGACGACCUGAUAUUUUCCAUGCAUUGAAAAUGGGAAACUUCCAGCUAGUCAAGGAGAUUGCCGACGAAGACCCCAACCACGUGAACCUGGUCAAUGGGGAUGGGGCGACCCCGCUGAUGCUGGCAGCCGUCACAGGGCAGCUGCCCCUGGUGCAGCUGCUGGUGGAGAGGCACGCCGACAUCGACAAGCAGGACAGCGUGCAUGGCUGGACAGCCCUCAUGCAGGCCACCUACCAUGGGAAUAAGGAAGUUGUCAAAUACUUACUGAACCAAGGGGCUGACGUCACUCUUCGUGCCAAAAACGGGUACACAGCCUUUGACCUGGUGAUGCUGCUGAAUGAUCCUGACACGGAACUUGUUCGACUGCUGGCAUCUGUCUGCAUGCAGGUGAACAAGGACAAAGGCCGGCCCAGCCACCCGCCACCCCUGCCCCACUUGAAGUUCAGACAGCCUUGGAGCAUCCCAGUGCUGCCUGAUGACAAGGGUGGCCUGAAGUCCUGGUGGAGCCGAAUGUCCAAUCGAUUCCGCAAGCUCAAACUGAUGCAGACGCUGCCCCGCGGGCUGUCCAGCAACCAGCCCCUGCCUUUCUCUGAUGAGUCUGAGCCAGCGCUGGACUCCACGAUGAGAGCAGCCCCCCAGGACAGAACCAGCCGUCCAGGGCCCCUGGAUGCAGCCCCCAUGACCAAAGAUAGCGGUCCUGGGAGCCUGAGAGGAGAGAAGGAAGAUGCGUUAUUGACAACCAUGCUGCGGAACGGAGCCCCUUUCCCCAGGCUCCCGAGCGACAAGCUGAAGGCGGUCAUCCCCCCCUUCCUGCCCCCAUCCAGCUUUGAGGUGUGGAGUUCUGAUCGGUCCAGGACAUGUCACAAUGUAAAGGCAGACCCCACCAAGACAGUGCUGCCCCAGAGAGCCAGCAGGGUCCACCCCAUGGGUGGCGGGAGCACAGACACUGCCCCCAGCAGGCCAGUCAAGUUUCCCAGCCUCACCAGAAGCCCAGCCACUCCCGCCAGUUCUGGAAACUUUAACCAUUCACCACAUUCCUCCGGAGGCUCCAGUGGAGUAGGCGGUGUGAGCAGACAUGGUGGGGAGUUGCAUAACCGCUCAGGUGGCAGCAUAGACAGCGUCCUGUCCCAGAUUGCUGCCCAGAGGAAAAAAGCAGCUGGAUUAUCAGAGCAGAAGCCUAGCCAGCGGUCAAGUCCUGUGGGGCCAGUGCCGGGCUCCAGCCCAGCUGAGCUUCCGGUUUCCCCUGCAGCCAGCAGCACUCCCAGCAAGAAAUUGGACACCAGCAAGAGGCCUCCAUCUGGAACUUCCACUACCUCCAAAAGCACCUCCCCCACCCUCACACCCUCCCCAUCCCCCAAAGGCCACACAGCAGAGUCGUCGGUGUCCUCCUCCUCGUCCCAUCGGCAGUCCAAGAGCAGCGGGGGCUCCAGCAGCGGCACCAUCACAGAUGAUGAUGAGCUGACUGGAAUCCUUAAGAAACUAUCGCUUGAAAAAUACCAGCCCAUUUUUGAGGAACAAGAGGUGGACAUGGAGGCGUUCCUCACGCUCACUGACGGCGACCUGCAGGAACUGGGCAUUAAGACAGAUGGAUCCCGGCAACAGAUCCUAGCAGCCAUUUCCGAGUUGAAUGCAGGCAAGGGUCGUGAGAGACAAAUUCUACAGGAAACCAUUCACAACUUCCACUCUUCCUUUGAGAGCAGCGCCAGCAACACCAGGGCCCCUGGCAACGGUCCCUCCAUGGCCGGGUGGGUGAGACCAGAAGAAGUAGCUUCCUGCAAGAGGUAGCAGCAGCUUGACUUACAUGGCUCUGCUGGCAUCGGAGCCCCAGAAGCAGAGGUCAGCCGUGGCUCCUUGCCCUUCCACUAUGCCUGACCCUGGGUGUUUGCAUCACUGGAAUUACCAACAAAGUGACCAGGAAGAAAGAAGGCCAUCUGUCAAAACCACUGGAACUGAUCCAGCAGACAGAGGUGGCCGGGAACCCUUCUCGUUUGCUCCUGCCUUGUUGCCACCCAAAGAAGAUGGUGUACAGGCCAGGCCCGAGGCUAGGCAACUGCAGACAUCCUACCUGACCUGUGCUUCCAAGUAGGUGGCACCUACAGAGCCUAGAACUAAAAAAAGAUUCUGCAGCCCAAAUGAAGGUGACAUGACAGGUGUGUGAAGCACCCUCUGGUGGCUGUCCUUGUCUCUUGCAAGCAAGUUAAUGUCAUGUUAACCAGGGCGUCCUAUUUAACACGCAGAGCCCGAUGUUCUCCCUAAUAAAGUUGGAGGCAAAUUCUGUAGGAUUGUCGGUGGGUGAAUCUCCUCCCCUUGGGAGUUUCCCAUUCACUCACCAGAUAUUUCCUAAGGGCUUGCCAGGCUCCCCAUUUGUGUUGGGGCUCUACUGUCCUAAAAGCAGACUUAGACCAGCUAUAGUUUCAGCUCAGCUAAGAAGCCAGACUCAAAUAGUCAGUGGCUCACCAAAGCUUGGGGGUGAUAGAAGGACAGAGGCACAA